AUGGAGCUGGAGGAGUUGGGCAUCCGGGAGGAGUGCGGCGUGUUCGGCUGCAUCGCCUCCGGCGUGUGGCCCACGGAGCUGGACGUGCCCCAUGUGAUCACGCUGGGGCUGGUGGGGCUGCAGCACAGGGGCCAGGAGAGUGCUGGAAUUGUGACAAGUGAUGGAGAGUCAUCCCAAGCAUUCAAAGUGCACAAGGGAAUGGGUCUUAUAAAUCACGUCUUCAACGCAGACAGCCUGAAGAAGCUGUAUGUUUCAAACCUUGGUAUUGGGCACACGAGGUACUCCACCUCGGGAAUUUCUGAGCUGCAGAACUGCCAGCCUUUUGUUGUAGAAACUCUUCAUGGGAAGAUCGCUGUGGCGCACAACGGGGAGCUAACAAAUGCUGUACGACUCAGGAGGAAGCUUAUGCGGCAUGGUGUAGGGCUGUCUACCAGUUCUGACAGUGAACUGAUCACCCAGCUGCUGGCUUUCACGCCUCCUCUAGAAAAUGACGAUACAGCCGACUGGGUAGCAAGAAUAAAAAAUUUAAUGAAUGAAACUCCAACUUCAUAUUCAUUGCUAAUUAUGCAUAAAGACAUAAUCUAUGCAGUACGUGAUCCGUAUGGGAAUCGCCCACUCUGCAUUGGUCGCCUUAUUCCAGUAGGGGACAUGAAUGGAAAAGGAAAAGAUAACAGUGAAACAGAAGGAUGGGUAGUCUCUUCUGAAUCCUGUAGCUUUUUGUCUAUUGGUGCAGAGUACUAUCGUGAGGUCCUUCCUGGAGAGAUCGUGAAAAUAUCCAGGUAUGACGUCCAGACACUGGAUGUUGUACCAAGACCUGAAGGAGAUCCAUCAGCAUUCUGCAUCUUUGAAUAUGUUUAUUUUGCAAGACCAGACAGUAUUUUCGAAGGUCAGAUGGUGUAUUCAGUCAGGAGAAGAUGCGGGCAGCAGCUUGCUAUUGAAGCACCUGUGGAAGCAGACCUGGUCAGCACUGUUCCAGAGUCUGCAACCCCAGCAGCUCUUGGUUAUGCUCAAAAGUGUGGACUACCGUAUGUUGAAGUACUCUGUAAAAAUCGAUACGUGGGAAGAACAUUUAUCCAGCCAAAUAUGAGGUUACGGCAACUUGGUGUUGCAAAGAAGUUUGGUGUUCUGUCUGAUAAUUUUAAAGGCAAGCGAGUUGUUAUCAUUGAUGAUUCAAUUGUGAGGGGAAAUACCAUUUCACCCAUAAUCAAACUACUGAGAGAAUCAGGAGCCAAAGAGGUGCACAUCCGUGUGGCUUCACCUCCCAUAAGAUUUCCUUGUUACAUGGGAAUAAACAUUCCAACUAAAGAAGAACUCAUUGCCAACAGACCUGAAUUUCAUGAUCUUGCAAACUAUAUAGGAGCAGACAGUGUUGUCUAUCUCUCUGUGGAAGGGCUGGUAUCGUCCGUACAAGAAAGCAUCAAAGCAAGACAAGAGAAUGAGAACAGCCUUAAAACCCAGAAAUCGCGUAUGGGAAAGAUUGGUCAUUGCACAGCAUGUCUCACCGGAGAGUAUCCCGUAGAGCUAGAAUGGUGAAUUUUUAGUGGAUGGACACCAGUUCAUCUGUUGUUGAACGUACCUUUUUCAAAGAUGUCUCCUUGCUAAUAGCCUUCUUAUGUUUAGGUGAUACAGAAAGCUUAUUACAGAUAACUAAUUACUGUUACUAAAAUACAUCUUUAUAGUACAGGCUUACAGAAAAUCCAAUGUGCUGAUGAAAACAAUGUUAAGCAGAUUAAAAUACAAAAUCAUAUUGUUUUGAUGCACAGUUGUGCCUUCUAUUUUCUCAUAAAAUAUUAUAAAAACCAAAGGUUUUUUAAGUAUGUAGCAGUCCCAGAGUUUUUUGUUUCAGUCUUGCCCUGGAAGUGAGAUAUCCCUGUUAGACU